GCUGCGUAUCAUCAAUGCUGCCAUUCACAAGCGAGCAGCAAAAUAUCGGUUAAAUCUUUCCCCGUGUAAUGGAUAUUAUUAUCACUUGUCAUAUCGGAUGAAGUAACAGAACAGUCAGCACAACUUUGUGUGAUAAAUAUGAGUUCUCAUGUUAUCACUCCUGGACCGUACCGAGCCACAAAACUGUGGAAUGAGGUGACUCGUUUGUUUCGGGCUGGUAUGCCCCUCAGGAAACACCGCCAGAACUUCCGGCACCAUGCUUCCUGCUUCACCGCCUCUGCCGCUGUGGAGUGGAUGCACCAGCUGCUUCGAAGCAACAGCAAUUUUGGCCCUGAUGUCACCAGGCAGCAGACGGUGCAGCUCUUGAAGAAGUUUCUGAAGAACCACGUGAUCGAAGAUGUGAAGGGUCGCUGGGGCACAGAGGAUCUGGAGGACAACAACAUGCUAUACAGAUUCCCCUCCACUUCACCUCUGAAGCCCAUUCCAUGUCCAGCUUCAGCCUCGGCCCCUGGCUCCAUUAAGAAAAGGCCUUCAUUCAGAGACAAGGAAGGUUUCUUCAGGUUUAGAAGUAUCAAGAAGCAACAUGAGGAGGAGACGCAGGAAAAUGUAGAUCCUGCGCUCCAAGUAGGGGGAGAGAAUCAGCCAACAGGAGAGCAGCAGGUACAGAGACGAGAGCUGACGGUGGAGGAUGAACAGGAGAUCUGGAGAGACAUCACCCUGACUCACCUGCAGAGGAUUCUAGGCAUUCCUUCUCUUGAUGAGGUUUUAGACCGACGCUAUGUAAACCCACAGAACAUCAUCCAUAACAUGACCAAAGUCAAUAAGCAUGGAGUGGUGACAUUGGACGACAAAACAAAUGACCUUCCACACUGGGUUUUGUCUGCCAUGAAGAGCCUGGCCAACUGGCCCAAGUACGACAGUGCACAGCCGUCCUAUCCUGGUUUUGAGAGGGAUGUCUUCAAAACGGUGUCUGAUUACUUCUACAGUCUUCCACAGCCUGUACUUACAUACGAACUGUAUGAACUUUUUAUCAACGUCCUGGUGUUUUGUGGGUACGUCGCAGCACCCACGAUUCACCAACGAGGGAAACGCAAGAAGCUUGACCUCCCUUCAGCUGCCCCUCCAGCCAAGACAUCGUUCCGCUCCACGGAGUGUCUCCUCCUGUCGCUGCUCAGACAGGGGACGUGUGAUGAAACGGAGUCUCCGAUGAGCGACGUGCUCGGCGGGAAGCUUCAGUCACGGAUGGCAGCGCUGACAGGUGGCACUCCCAGAGCAGGUGAUGGAGAAUUAGGAGGCAGCUGCAUGAGUCUGAGUACAGUUGGUUUUACAAAGCCUCGAACCAGGAGUUGCUCACUGGAAACCAUCCUAGAUGACUCUGCCCCUCUCACCCGGCAACAGCUGUUCCUGUCCAAUGACAGCCUGGCAUCCUGCGCCCGUAGUAACAGGAGCCAGAAUGACAGCUCUGCCAUCACAACGCCCCACAGUCAUACAGACUUUACACCUGUAUCCAAAGCAACCACGUUUACUGCAGGAGGUACAUCCAGGAAUAGAAUGUCUUUAGCAGGAAUGUCAGGUACGCAGAGAUCGCGCUCCCUGCGGCCACGCAGCGUAGGCAGCUGUCUGGACAUCGUCAUAGAAACCAAGGAGGAAGAUGUCAAGGAGAUCAAGUGGCAGGGCCGAGCAGCCAGCUGCUUGAAUGUGAACACACCUGCAGACCAGCAUCUCUUCUCCACAGCUUCACGUCCUCCCUUGUCCUAUCAACCCUCCUGUCUUCCUCUCCCCUCAUCUUCAUCUGCUUUGGCCAAAGUACAAGGGUCUUGUGCUACCACAGGACCUAGUGGGCCCAGACCCGCCGCCAGUACCUCUAAUCUUUGGACACUCUCUGCACCUGCUGUUGUCCGCCGCUGCCUCAGCUCGCUGGAUGUGUCAAAGCCCUCUCGACCUGUUUCACUGUUCAAACCGCCUGUCUGUGCGCCCACCAGCAUCUCCCAGCACCCCAAACCCAAACCUGAGCACAGCCUUAUCCAGUCUCACUGCGAGCGCGUGGCCAUCGAGGCCCUGCAGCUUUGCACCCUCCUGCUCCCACCCUCCUCCCGCAGGAAGUUGCAGCUGCUCAUGAGGAUGAUGUCACGCAUCAGCCAGAACGUGGACAUGCCCCGCCUCCACCCCGCCAUCGGCACCAGAACACUGAUGGUUCACACAUUUUCAGGCUGCGUACUGGGCAGCGCUGAGGAGUGUGAUUUGGACGAGCUGUUAGCUACCAGACUGGUGUCAUUUCUAAUGGACCAUCAAGAAAGCAUCCUUUCUGUCCCAGAGUACCUGCUCAGUGCUAUUGAAGACCAUAUACAGUACCUGCGCUCUGUACAGGUCCCUAUCGCUGCUGUUCCUCAUGUCGAUGGCGACGAUCCAGUUUGUGCUCCCAUGCCCAUUUAUGCGUUCUGCCGUCAGAUUAGCGGCGCUGAGUUUGAACAGCAAAAGCUGGCAUCUUCCCAGAAGGCCAUGGAGGAGUUGCUGGAGAUGCUGCUGACCAACCAAAACAUGAGUGAGAAGGAGAGACGCAAGAAACUGAAGCAGUUUCAGAAGCAGUACCCAGACAUCUACAGUCGUCGGUUCCCCUCCUCAGACAGCGAUAGCAAAGCCAACAACAAGCCAAAGAUUAAACCUCCUCUCCUCAGCAUCAGGAAGACCAAAGCUUUCAGUAUCAGGAACUAAACUAACCCUACAGGUUGUCCCCAUGAUAGAAACCAUUCAUGUUGCUGCACUAUAACUGCACUGAUACUAAGAGAUUUGGAAUAUUCACUUCUCUUUGCAGCUUUUUCUUGUUACAUUGGAAAUACUGUUAUGCUUGUUGUGUCUCAUUUAUGUAGCUAUGUGUGAGUUAAUGCAGACUGGAAGACUUCUACAGUGGUAGAUGAGUGUAUUCAUGUUGUGUGUGCGUGUGUGUGUGUUUGUGUGUUGACAGCUGACUGAUGAAGACAGGUAGACAGUUGCUCCUCUGAGCAGUUCACGUGGAUCGCUGUGUUCAAGUGUAAUGUUUUUUAAUGAAGCAGGGUUUUUUGAGUAAAAUCUAUUUUCUUAUCCCCUCAUCUGUCUUCUCUGUUGCUAGCUGGUACUGACAUCUGUGUGGGCGAGUGAAAACAAACUUCAGUAUGCAUUUUGGGAGAAAAAAACAUAUGCAAUUCUAAGAUCACUGGUCCAAGUGGGAAUAAUUAGAAUAUAGAUUUCUUAAUUUAUGAAUGUUAACACCGGGGAAAGUGUACAUAUGUCUUUUUGGGGGGGUUUCUUGCGUGACUUAACAUUUUAUAUCAUAUAAUCCCAAAUUUUAUUUGAAAUAAUUUGUAGUUUUCUGACAUUGAGCCCUUUUUGUUUUCUCAGAAAUUUCAUCCAUGUCCUUUUGACUCUUAUGUGUUGUGCUUUUAAAGCAUUUUUACUGUAAAGUUUUAGGUUUUCUUGGGGAUCUCGUGAUUUUAAGGAUCGCAGGCUUUUCAUAUACAGCUCAGUUAUUUUUAAAUAGAGCUCAACUUUACCGUUUUUUUAUUCCGUUGUCUUGUGUGACUGGACUUGAACCCACCCCAGCUUAGUUUAUUGGAUAGAGAAAUGUGUUGCACAGGAUUUAGGCACUGUAAAUGGUCCAUAAGCUUAUUAUUGCAAUCAUCAGAAUAGUUAAUUUAUACAUAUUUAAUGCCUAUUGGACUCCCUAAAGAAGGGCUCACCAGACACCUGUCAUAAUUUGAGUACACGGUUGCAGCUGUUAUAAAUACAGCCUCAAGAGCUAGAGCAUUAAUGAUCUGAAAGUAGUGAAGUGGCCAUCGGCUAAACCUUUUGAAGAACCUGGUGUAAGAUGGCAUCAUAUCAUUUGAGUGAUGGAUGCUAACAGGUGAAAACAGAAGUGCAAUACAGAACCCAUAUUAUGUCUCGUGUCUGAGGUAACAAGUUUGACUCAAAUUUUCAAGCUGUCCUUUUCAUAUGAAGUAUUAUUUGUACCCUGAUAUGUUUGUCUAUACCUCAUACCAAAUGGCUUCUGUGUACGUGUGACUAUAUGCACUCAUCAGCAGUGUUUUUGGUCAAGUCUUUUACAGAGGAGUGUUGUACAUCUACACCAUUGCACUCUUCCUCUGCAUUGUUUACUAUGCAAAUCCUGGGAAAUAAAUGUGUUAAGCUGUUCUAUUUAUA